AUGGUUUCGCAAAUACGAUUAACUUUCCUUGCGCCACCCUCCGUUUCUGGAGAUUUCAAAAGAGACCCCGGUCGGCCGUUACGGAGGGUGCACGUGGCGAGAGCUGAGGGCGGUCGAGGCGCGGUGAGCGUAACGACGACGGUAGCGGAUAUUCAGGCGGAGAUCGCGGAACUCGAGGACGAGCUGGAAACGACGUUUGGGCGCGUGGAGGCGGCGUGGCGACGCUACCACCGACUGAGAGCGGCCCUGGAGCGACUGGAUGAGGCUGCAGCGAGGGAGAGGGGCAAGUCAGCAGGGCAGAGGGGAGGGCGUACCACUGCCGCCGGUGGUGACGGCGGUGGUGCCGUGCUGUCGACGCUAGAGCGGCUGGGCGUGGAGCGGCAACGAGUGCUGCAUGCGCUGAGACGUGCUGAGGCCCGCGCUGGCGUGCUGGAGCGACUCGUGCGCAGCCUAGCCCAGGCCAUUGCAAUGCGCGAGCGCCGCCUUCUGGGCUCGGCAGUUGGGCUGCAGGAGGAGGUGCAGCGCAAGGUGGCUCUGCUGGAAGAGGUGCUGCAGGCACGCGAGCGGGAGGAGAGAGGUGAUGAGCGCUUUGAGGCACGCCCACGCGGGAGUGGCGGUGCAGAGAGGGAGGCGGCGGGGCAAGCGGUGGGGAGUGGCGAGGCAGCUGCUGGUGCAGCUGCAGGCACUCGAGAAGAGCUUAUAUUCCAAACUUGGUCGAUGACAGACAGGAACGUCCCUCUGUUCUGGUGUCAGGGCGUUCAAGACGUCGCCGCGGCGGCGGUGGACUAUGGCGACGCGAUGGCGAAGGCGAUUCUGUUCUUCGAGGCGCAGCGGUCCGGGCAGCUCACGGGCGCCGCGAUUGCCACCACCAUCACGUGGCGCGGCGACUCGGGUCUUUCCGACGGCACCGCGCAAGGGGUGGAUCUGCGCGGAGGGUACUACGAGGGCGGCAGCAACGUGAAGGCGGGGCUGCCGGGGGCGUUCGCCGCCACCAUGCUCGCGUGGAGCCUCGUUGACUUUGGCCGCCACAUCCUCGCUGCGGGCGGCGCCGCGCAGCUCUCCGCGGCGCGCGACGCGCUGCGGUGGGGCACGGAUUACGUCAUUAAGGCGCACACCAAACCCGAGGAGCUCUGGGCGCAGGUGGGCAGCUCUGGGCGCAGGUGGGCACCUCGGGCGCAGGUGGGCGACUGGGUGACGGACGGGGCGUGCUGGCAGCGGCCGGAGGACAUGGGCACAUCGCGCACGGCAUACCGCAUCAAUGCCACCCGCCCCGGAUCCGACCUCGCCGCUGAAUCCGCCGCCGCCCUCGCCUCCGCCUCCCUCGCCUUCCGAGACGUCAACGCCUCCUACGCCGCCUCCUGCCUCGCCCACGCACAGCAGCUGUUUGUGUUUGCUGACAAGUACCGCGGAGUGUACAGCUCAGUCGUCCCUGGAGCGGUCCUCAAGUUCGCCUCCACAGGGUACACGGACGAGUUGGCGUGGGCAGCAGUGUGGUUGUACAGGGCGACGGGGCUGAAGCGGUAUUUGGAGUAUGUGCAACGCAACGAGGCGGCCAUCGGGGGGACGCAGCAGAUGACCUCGGAGAUGAGUUGGGACCAGAAACUGCCCGGCGCGCAAGUGCUGCUCGCGCAGGCGUUGUGGGCGGGGCUGCCAGCGAGCAUCCAGGGGAGUGCGGCGAUAAUGGGGGUGGUGGAGGGGUAUGCAGGCAUGGCGCAGCUGUAUGCGUGUGCGCACAUGCCCGCCAACCCCCUGCAAGCCGUCUACACCACGCCCGCCGGGCUGCUGUAUGUGCGCGGCAGCAACGCGCAGCUCGCCCUCUCCUCCGCCUUCCUCCUCGCUCUGCUCGCCGACUCCCUCGCUGCCGCCUCCCGCACCCUCCACUGCCAAGGCGUCUCCUUCUCGCCCUCCCAAAUCACCGCCUUCGCCCAGUCGCAGGUAGACUACCUGCUGGGCAGCAAUCCGCUCGCCCUCUCCUUCAUGGUCGGCUUUGGCACCGCCUUCCCACAGAAGGUGCACCACCGGGCGGCGUCCAUUGUGUCAUUCAACGUGGACCCCACGCCAGUCACCUGCCAGGGCGGCAACACCACCUACCUGCAGAGCGCCUCCCCCAACCCCAACGUGCUCGUUGGUGCCAUCGUUGGCGGCCCCAACGCCACGGAUGGCUUUGUGGACUCGCGGGUGCAGCCGGCCUUCACGGAGCCCUCAGCCGCCGCCAAUGCCGUCGCUGUCGGCCUCCUCGCCCGCCUCGCUGCCGGCGCCCUCCCCCCCGCCUCCCCGCCUCCCCCCUUCCCCCCCGCUCCCCGCUCCCCUCCUCCACCCAAGGGCAAGCGCCCCCCGCCACCCAAGUCAACGACCCCCAGGGCACCCCCCGCUCCUGUGUCUGCACCUUUGAGCCUGGUGAACGUGUCGUGCACAGUGACGGGCAGCUGGCAGCAGUACGGCGAGCAGCAGAACAUGUGGAGCUGCGACGUGAGCAACACCAACGCCUCCUUUGCUGUGCGCGACGUGGCCCUUGCGUGCUUCAACUUUGAACCCUUCAACGCAUGGAAUAUCGAGGUUGUUUCAUGCUCUCUGCCCUCAUGGGCACAGUACAUUCCCGGAGGUGGCAAGCGCAACUUUGGGUUCAUCCAAGCAGCACGGCUAAAACCAUCGUUCAAAGCCACAUGGGUCACCUGGCUAGGUCCGCCCCUUCCUCCUCCUAGGAAACCUAGAGCAGCAACAUGCAUCCCCCCAUCUGCGUUCCUAGGAAAGCUGCAAUGCCAGGUUCUAGGCAUGGGCUGUUGUGUGCAAGUGAGCGCACCACCACCACCACCAGUAACAUAG